GAAGACACCGAGGUCGUCCGCGACCAACACCUCGCACCAUGGCCGCCAUAUUCUCUCCCUUCCGGCAGACCUACCGCUAUCUGCAACGGCAGGCGCAUGAACAACCCGUCAUCUUCUACUCCUGCAUCAUCGGCCUCACGGGGCCCAUCAUGCUCAUCACCGUUCCACCUUUGCGCAGGGCGUACGGCUACAAGACGCCAGAACCCAUCCCCACUACGUAUCCCCUCCCGAACCGGCCGAGGAGACCUGUGCAGGGCUACGAGGAUGAAUGAAGGCUGCCUAUGGGACCCUUGCCUAGGUGUUUUGUGUGUUGCGGAUUAGACACAGUGCCGAAUCAGACAGAUUUCAAAAGCCAAGAUUGUAUGUUGACUUUGUUCACCUUCACUCUGCCAGACACGCUGUCGCGGCGAGUUCGACUACUUCCUUUCUACUCGGGCACCCUCUCGGACAAAGUCGGCCA